AUUGAGGCCGGUAACAGCCGCACCAAUGACGUCGUUGUUGCCAGCAGAUACGUCAUCAAUGGGGCAGCAGCAGCAGAAGGAGUCGCCGUCGUUGCAGCCAACUACACCCACUAACAAUACACGCAUACCCCAACCCCAACCGCAACAGACACAAGCAAACACAACCUUGGCUAUUGCCGCUGUUCUACCAAUCCGUCGUUCCGCCUCCUUGCGCUUGCGCGGCACAAAACCAAGUCAAUCGUCGUCGUCAGGUUCCGCCGGUGAUUUCAGUACGCGCGCCACGUUGCCAACGUCAACAUCGCAGUCGCAAUCCUCGUUCGCUCUACGCGCCAGUGCCGCCGUACAAUUAAAACGUAAUCGCAGCUGCAUCAAUCUAGGACACAAGACGUCGUCGGCCGACGAGCGGGACGCAGCUACGCAUGCAUUAUGCAGUGCUACACAUCGCCUGGACUUAAGUGAAGCCAACAACCUGGAUAUGGCCUCCUCCAAGUCGCGUAAUAUGUCUCUGAAGUUGAACGGCGGCAACGCAGAGACAGCGAGCCACGUAGCCACACCAAAGACGCCCAAGACGCCGCCGCAAAGCGCCAGGAAGCAGCAGGAGCAGCAGCACACAAAGCUGUCCACAGUGCAUGAAGCAAAGAUAUCACCAAAGACGCCGCCAGUUACACCAGAUUCGCCCAGCACUUACCUAGAUGAUGAUCUAGACUCGAUGUAUUCAUUUGCAACGACCACUUCGGGUCGCUCCACCAUGUCCUGUGAGCAUCCCUAUGUAGCCAGAAACGGCACCACUUUCAGUGGUCGCAAGAUGAAGUAUGUGGUGCACUGCUCCAAUUAUGCUGGCCAGGUGGGUGCGGACUAUUUAACGCCCACGCAGCGUGCGCAGCGGCAGAUACGUCGACUAAAGGAGCUGCUCUGCAUAGCGCGCCAGGAUCUGGAGUCGAAGGAUACGGAAAUAUUGCGUCUAACACGUGAAGUGGUUGAGCUGCGCUUGUUCAAGGCUUCGUUGAGUUCGCCAGAGGAGCGUUCCGCUUCCUCAGAUGCAGUAACAGUGCGCGAGGCGGAGCUGAAAACCUCACAGGAUGUUUCACCCAUUGUCGACAUGGUGGAUGAAGCCAAUGCCAAGUGCAGUCGCCAGCAGCAGCAACAACAGCUGCAGGCUAUGCAAAUGUCCGCAGAGAUGCAAAGCUCCUAUGCCGACUCUGGACACUUUGAAGAUCUAACCAUGUCGUCGGUGCACUCCAAGGAUUCGCAAACGCAAAGCGAGCUAUGUGAGAAUAGCACGCCCGAGGCCAGCAGCAGCUUGGAGAACUAUGAGCUGCAGCGCCAGGAGCUAAUACGCAUGUAUGAGCAACGUAUUGAGGACUUGAUACGUAGCCAGGAUGGCAGCACCAGUGAUCUGAAGCGCUCGCAUAACGACAAAGUGGAGGCGCUGCUGCAAAAGCUGGCCGAGUGCAAUACGCGCUACUCGGACAUUGUGCCGGACUAUGAGCAUGCCAAGCAGCGUAUACACGAGCUGGAGAAGCAGCUGGAGCAGCUGCAGCGCAAGCUCGUUGAGCAUGAGGAGAAGCAAAACAAAAUGUAUCUGCAUAUGUAUCAACAGGGACAAGAGGCGGAGCGCAUAUCACGCGCCGAUCAGGCCUUGGAGCUGGCCACACGCCAGCCGGACAGCAAGGUAUCGAUCAAUGAGCUGCUGCAUCAGCUGCAGAGCACACAGGAUGAGCUGGAGAAUAUACGCACCAUUUAUCGUCGUUUGUUGGAGGCGCAAAAGAAUCGCACCCAUGUUGAUCCAGAAGUAAAGCUGCAAUUCCUGAAAAGCGCAAUUUUCUACUUUCUAACGGAUAAGGAGAACUCCCAGGGACAUCUGCAAGCCAUCGAAAGCAUACUGGAGUUCACCGAUGAGGAGAAGCAAAAGAUUAGCCAAGCCAAAUCGCCAAAUUACGCUAAAUUCAUUGUUUUGUUUAAUGGAUAUUUGACGAAUUUAUUUUCAAUUUUAUUUUGUUUUUUGAAAUAAUCUUGAUAAUUGAGACGUAACGCUUUGGCGAUGCAACGAAAAUUUUUAUUGUGAAUAUGUUCUACAUUUUUUUUUGGCUCUAAGGCUUAAGGCAACAAAAGUACGUCCUACGAAAAAAAAACUGUGAAACGCGUGAAGAAACAUGUAAAA